AUGUAUGGUAAGUGCGGGGCGGUAGAAUGUGCCCGUGAUGUGUUUGAUAAAAUGGGUGAAAAGAAUGUUGUUUCCUGGAGUGUUAUUAUUGGUGCUCAUGUUUGUGUUGAAAUGUGGAAUGAGUGUUUGAUUCUUCUUGGAGAGAUGUGUAGUGAAGGAAGAUGUAGGGUUGAGGAAAGCACACUAGUGAAUGUGCUUUCUGCUUGUAGUCAUUUGGGUUCUCCUAAUCUUGGAAAGUGUAUACAUGGGAUUUUGUUGAGGAACAUUAGUGAACUCAAUGUUGUUGUGGAAACAUCGUUGAUUGAUAUGUAUGUAAAGUGUGGGUGUCUUGAGAAAGGUCUGCGCGUGUUCGAAAAAAUGUCGGAGAAGAAUAGAUAUUCUUACACUGUAAUGAUAUCUGGUCUUGCCAUUCAUGGACAUGGUAAGGAAGCUCUUAAACUUUUCUCAGAAAUGUUGGAAGAAGGUUUGGCACCAGAUGAUGUUGUUUAUGUUGGGGUAUUGAGUGCUUGUAGCCAUGCUGGUCUUGUAGACGAGGGUCUUCAAUGUUUCAAAAGCAUGCAAAUUGAGCAUAAGAUCGAUCCAACAGUUCAGCAUUAUGGUUGCAUGGUGGAUCUCUUGGGAAGAUUUGGGAUGCUAAAGGAAGCCUAUGAACUCAUAAAAGGCAUGUUAAUUAAGCCUAAUGAUAUAAUUUGGAGGAGCCUUUUAAGUGCUUGUAAAGUUCAUCAUAACUUAGAAAUCGGAGAGAUUGCGGCCGAAAAUCUCUUUGCGUUGAAUCAAAACAACACUGGCGAUUAUUUGGUGCUAGCAAAUAUGUACGCGAAGGUGCAAAAGUGGGACGACGUGGCAAAGGUCAGAACAAAAAUGGCCGAAAAAAACUUAGUACAAACACCCGGGUUUAGUUUGAUUGAAGCAAAGAGGAAAGUAUACAAGUUUGUUUCACAAGACAAGUCUAUACAACAAUGGAACACCAUCUAUGACAUGAUUCACCAAAUGGAAUGGCAAUUGAAAUUCGAAGGGUAUAUACCAGAUACAUCGCAAGUGUUGCUUGAUGUAGAUGAAGAAGAAAAGAGGGAGAGGUUGAAAUGUCAUAGCCAGAAGUUAGCAAUUGCUUUUGGAUUGAUACAUACAUCAGAAGGAUCUCCUAUAAGAAUAACAAGAAAUCUUAGGAUGUGUAGCGACUGUCAUACUUACGCCAAAUACAUUUCCAUGAUCUAUGAAAGGGAAAUUACUGUAAGAGAUCGUCAUCGUUUCCAUCAUUUUAAAGAUGGAACUUGUUCAUGUAAAGAUUAUUGGUGA